AUGGCUUCUCAUGAUAGGAUGGAGAGGAAUGAAAAAAAGACAGAUUCCAUUGAGACUUCAUUGAAACAUUUAGAAGCUCAAAUGGGACAAAUUGUUGAAGAGCUCAAUAAAGAGAAACUAUCAAGUCAACCUGAACAAGUCAAUUCCAUUACUACUAUUAAAAAAGGUGAGGUUGUUGAUGAUAAUAUUGCUAUAGAAAUUGAAAGGAAUUCUUCUUCUUAUGCAGGUACACCUAAAAAUAAUGGAUUAGUACAAAUCAAUAAGGAGAGCAUGCAAAUGGAAGAAAAAGUAGAGCCUACUCUUAGACUUGAGGAGAAAGAAAAGGAAGCAUAUUGUGGACCUGAAUUUCAUAAGGCAGCUCAGCCUUAUAGACCCCCUAUUCCUUUUCUAAACCAACCCAAAGAGAGCAAAAAGGAUGAAAAAAAAUUUGAAAGUAUUGAGAUGCUCUCUAAAGUUAAUACUAAUUUACCUUUGUUGGAUGUUAUCAGGAACAAGCUAGCUAAUGUAAAAAAAUUUGAAGAUUUGAACACUAACAAAAGGCGAUAUGCGAACAACAAAAAAGUACAAGUAGGAAGUAUAAUGCUUCAACAUCAGUUGCCCCUUAAGAUGAAGGAUCCUAGUAGCUUCACCAUUGAUAUUACAAUAGGUGACAAAAAGCAUACAAAGGCCAUGUUAGAUUUGGGAGCAAGCAUCAACUUGAUGCCUUAUUUAAUGUAUGAACAACUUGGCUUGGGAGAGUUGAAGCCUACCACUAUGUCUCUACAAUUUGCUGAUAGAUCGAUAAAAUAUCAUAGAGGUAUAGUGGAUGACUUGCUAGUACAAGUAGGUAAGUUAAUAAUUCCAGUUGAUUUUGUAGUGCUUGACAUGGAAAACCCACCGGUAAGGAAUAAAGAGCAAAUUAUACUCCUUGGUAGACCUUUCAUGGCAACUACUAGAACUGUGAUUGAUAUGCAUGAUGGAAAACUUACCAUGACAGUUUUAGGAGAAACUAUGAAAUUUAAAGUGUUUGAUUCUCUAACUUUCUCUCCUAAAUCUACUAUCGAUAAGUGUUCAUAUAAUUAUUUAGAUUCUCUUGUUUAUCAACAAUUAUAUGAUGAUGUUUCAUUCUUAAUUGACAAGAGUUUUCAUGACACUUUAGAUGUUCGCGUUAAAAGUAUGAAGCCAUACUUGAAAGGAAUGACUUAUGACCAAUAG